CCCCUCUUCUUCCUCACUCCAAAUCCCAAUCCUCACCCACAUCCUCCCUCCGCCGGCGACGCCACCAUCCCCGAACCCCGAUGGCCCGCACGAAGCAGACGGCCCGCAAGUCGACCGGCGGCAAGGCGCCGAGGAAGCAGCUGGCGACGAAGGCGGCGCGCAAGUCGGCGCCGGCCACCGGCGGCGUGAAGAAGCCGCACCGCUUCAGGCCCGGCACCGUGGCGCUGCGCGAGAUCCGCAAGUACCAGAAGAGCACGGAGCUGCUCAUCCGCAAGCUGCCCUUCCAGCGCCUCGUGCGCGAGAUCGCGCAGGACUUCAAGACCGACCUCAGGUUCCAGUCAUCCGCCGUGUCGGCGCUGCAGGAGGCCGCCGAGGCGUACCUGGUGGGGUUGUUUGAGGACACCAACCUCUGCGCCAUCCACGCCAAGCGCGUCACCAUCAUGCCCAAGGACAUCCAGCUCGCGCGCCGCAUCAGGGGCGAGAGGGCAUAGAAAGAGGGCCUCGUGCUCGUUUGCUUUCCUAGUGUCAGUCAGAUCUGGAGGUGUAGGGAUGUGCUAGUUUCUUACCGUGUUAGCCUGUCGUAUGUCGUAGUAUGAUUCAAAGUAUGUGCUGUGUUAUGUUGUGUUGUGUCUCUGAUGUAACCAUCUCGUUACCAUCAUAUCAAUGGGAAAUCUGUUGUUGAGA